AUGGUAUGGCGAGAGCUUAGGAAUCACAGUGAUGAUUGUUAUUUUUGUUCUUGUAAUGUUCAAGGAUUCAACAGAAAAAAUAAGAAACACAUUGUGUUGUAUCCCAAUCUUGACUCUGCUAUUCGACCAGUUCCUCAUGGACCAGACGUUCCAAAACCUAUCGCUUCAAAAGAAAUAGAAAACGUCAUAUCGUCAGUAUCAGAGGAAUCUAAUUUCACACCAGAUUUCAGAGAGCCCGAAGUGUUUAACCAGAGCGAAUUAAAUGAUUUAAUUAGAGAUUUGCACCUGCCAAAGGCUGCAUCUGAAUUGUUAGUGAAAAGCAUUUACUAG